CAGAAAAGCCUGCUGAGCUUCCGCCGGGUUCUCUGCCUCUCACUGAACCACUGCAAAUUCUAUUUUGGUUCCCUCUCUGUAAUUCCAUCGUUUCAUAAAAAAAAAAACCCAAUUCUUUCUUUCUUCUCUUGGGUUAGUUUCUCUUCCCCGCGCGCGCUCCAUUUGCGUUCUUCUCCUUCGCCUAAGGUUGCCAGCUUUCUUCUGUUCCAUUGCCAGCUUGCCCCCAUCACGGAAUUGUUUGAUUCCUUUGAUUUCUUGCGGAAACCCAGAGAUUGAAACGUCGAGAGAGAACGGAAAAGGGAAGAGGCGAAAGUUAGCCGAGGAAUCUGUUUCGUCGUCGUCGUUGUCGCCAUUUCGGUUCUGCCCCUGACUCUCUGGUCUGCGGAUCCCUUUUAUCCGGCUGGAAAAGGGUCUGCAGAUCGGGAAAAUGUUUGAUAGCUUGACCAAAUCCAAAUUCUACACAAAAUGCAAGUCAUUGACAAAAAUGACCAAGGUGAGGCUGGACGCCACCAGGAAGAAGAAGAACGCCGUCGCCAAAUACCUCAAGAACGACAUCGCCGACCUUCUCAGGACUGGCCUUGAUUCCAAUGCCUAUGGCAGAGCUGAUGGGCUAAUAGUUGAGCAAAACAUGAUAGCUGCUUACAAGCUAAUGGAAGAAUUCUGCGAAUGCAUAUUAACUAAUCUUGCAGCCUUGGACAAACAAAAGGAAUGCCCCAAGGAAUGCAGAGAGGCUAUACAAUCUCUGAUGUAUGCUGCAGCAUGGUUGGCAGAGUUCCCCGAACUCCGUGAUCUUCGUUCUCUUUUCGCACAGAGAUAUGGUGAUUAUCUUGAAUUAUUCCUUAACAAAGAGUUUUCUGAGCUGCUGAAUCCAAAGCCUGCUUCUAAGGAGAUGAAGCUUCAGCUGCUUCGUGACGUCGCACAAGAAUUUUCAAUCAAAUGGGAUUCAAAGUUCUUAGAACAGAAGCUUUUUAGACCUCCACAUUCUCCUUCUUUCAAUAGACUUGGAGGAGCUACCAAUACUGUUCAAGACGUUAGCCAUAAAGUGAAGAGCAACGAUGCUCCUAGUCCUAGGAAAGACCAAGAUAUUCGUCGUGAAAGCAAAACUAGACAUCAGGAGGAUGGCAAGAGAAACAACCAUGGAUCAGCAUCAAUAGCAGAAGUUGCAAGUUCUCCUAGAAGGAAGGAUGUGGUUGAUGAUAGGCACAACAGAUUGCGUAUGAACAGCCAGAGUGAUAGCACCACAGUCCGUGAUAGCUCGAAGCAGCCUAGUUCAACCACCAUUGGAACUUCAACUACUAGUGCUUCUGAGGAUGAAGUGGACAGCAGCAAGAAGCCCUACUACAGGUUUAUCCCUCCACCUUACGUUAGGGCUCAGGUUGAGAAGAAGGAAGAUGUCAAGAUCGCUGAAGAGUCUCCAAAUUCGAGAUCUACUGCUGAGAGUGAAUCACAACCUACGAAGCCAAGAUCGGUUCGAAGAAGGCAGCAGAUGAAGCAGUUGGUUGUUGGUGAUGACAGUGUGGAGAGUCCAUUGAAGCUGCCACCAGGUAGGUCAUAUUUUGGCAGUGUUGAUUCAAGUGAUGGAGUUUUCGGGGGAAGCAAUAAUAAGCACAGCAAGAAGAGGGCAAGUUAUGAAAGGGGCAGCAGCAACAACAACAAUAUGAAGAGUAAUAAUAAGCUGAAGCCUCUUUCAUGGCGUUCGAGGGAUGAGAGUGGCAAGGAUGCAGCUCCAGGUUCAGCACCACCGUUUGCAGCAAGUAGUUCGAGCGGUGGGGGAAUAGGAGGAAGGCAUGGAAGGUCUCUAUCGGCUGAGUCAUCGGCAGAUGUUUGUAAAUCAAAACAUGUGCACCCUAAUCUACCUGACUAUGAUCUGCUGGCUGCUCGGAUUGCAGCUUUCAUGAGAAAGUGA